GAUUUAUUAUUUUCUUUCAUAACUUCACAAACUUCUCGCAAAGUUAACACUACCAAUUUAUGAAUACCCCAUUCUCCCCAUCGCCAAUCAUAUCGAAGAGAUCCACCGCAUACGAAAAGGGAGAAAGUUCCAAGCCAUUAGAGAGACUAAAGACCCCCAGUGCAUACAAAUCAUCGAUACUAGCCAGCCACAACGAUGCAUUCGUAGAAAGUGAUUCUAAAGAUGAGUUAGGAGAAAGAACCCCAACCCCAAUCAAAAGCGUUCCUAUCGUCGAACCCCCAUCUUUCACGUUCCCGAAAGACCUGUUGAAAGUUAGGAAGAUAUACGACGGGUUUAAACCUUGUGAAGGUUACGAGAAAUACGUCGAUACCUUCUUUCAAUACAAGAUCGCUGAGUACGAAAACGACGGAUUUACAGAUGCUGAUCUACAAGAGCUUGUUUAUGACGAUUUCAUUAACAUCGGUAAGGAACACCUAAGAUAUGUACAAAAGAGAACACUACUUCGUUUUCGCAAAUCAUUUCGUCGAUAUGGUGUGUAUGUCAAUACCAAGACAGAUAUCGAAACUGCAGUCUUAGAAGUUGUCUCUCGCAAUCGAUAUCACGAAUGGACACACCAUCAACUUAGAGAAUAUCAAAAAGACAGAAUACAAUUAGACAUAAAGGACCUACGAGAUUCGUGGGUGCUACGUCUUCCGUAUCCUUCUCGUACCAACAGGCGGGAAGCUAUGGUUGACUUCCAAGGCCAAAACGUCUAUAGUAGCACUACUGACGCUUUGGUCUGCGCCAAUUUACAAAUUUAUAACAGAGAAGCUGCAACCAGACUGGCUGCCACCAAUAAAAUUAUCAAGAUUACCGGCGCAUCUAAUAUUAUUAUCUGCGAACCUGGCAUUAUUGGUUCUAAGGUUCAUCUCAACGCCAUUCACGAAAAAACCAUCCUGAAACCAUUGUGUAUGAUUUUUGACCAUGUUUACAUUGGUCCUGGUGUAGUGAUUGAAAAAGGUGCACGCAUCAGCGAUCAUGUCAUAAUCUGUGGCGAAACAGAGAUUGUCAUUUUGGCAACGGUGGCAAUCGGCGUGCAGAUUGGCUGGAAUGUACGCAUUGGCGCAUUGGCAUCGAUUGGAUCAGAUGUCAUAAUCGGAAGGAAUGUUGUAAUUGGAGGAUCGGCAACUAUUGAAGCGGGUGCUGUAAUUGAGGAUAAUGUACACAUUGGAAUCAGGGCAAGCAUCUGCACGCUGGCGAGAGUUCGGGCUGGCACAAGAGUUGAAAAUAGCACGAGAUUUCAAAAUGGCAUGAGAGCUGAAAACUCUGCUGCAUUGCCAGGGGCGUGGUAUUUUAAAAGAAACAUUGUCCAGUCGACAAUUAGAUAGAGACACAGCUGUGGGAACUUCGAAGGCUUUCUUUCGUCAAGAUAGAAAGGUGCUUUAGUCAAACAGCGUCGAGGUUCAUAAAUUUGCCCUCUUAAGAGAAUAGAAAUAGC